AUGGUCGCGUUGCUGUCGUUGUUGAGGUCCGACUGCAAGUACCAGCAGCAAACGGGGAAGAAGGCGGUUCGUUCAUCGACAUCGUCAGCCACCACGAUGAGGCGCAACGUCGUGGUCGCUGGCAGACGGGCGAGCAGCAACGCAGGCGACAGCAACAGCUACGACAGCGGUAUGGACAACAACAACGCGACGAGGGGCACGUCGACCCGCGAGGUGGUGUUCCCCGAUUCGUUCGAGGUGUUGCCGCAGCCGCGUGAUCUGAGCGUGAUCUACAUGGGCGUGCCGCACGAGCAACAACGGAAGUUCAGGUGUCGUUUCUGCGGCAAAGGUUACCGAUGGAAAAGCACGAUGCGCCGCCACGAGAUGGUCGAAUGUGGCGGCAAACCACCCGCGUUUCAAUGCCCCGAGUGUCCGUACAAGGCGAGGCAAAGGGGCAACCUAACCGUUCAUUAUAAGCGACACCAUCAGAAGAUGGACUUCGACGAGGGCGCCUAA